AUGGACACACCUAUUGGAAUUGAUGCAACGAUAGGAUCCGAUUUCUCUCUUGAAAAUCAAGAUGAAUUGGCUCAGUUUAGUCAGUUGGACUCACUAGGGGACUCAGAGCAAGGGUCAACAACAGUGCAAUUACCCGAUCCAAUUCUGCUGCUGGUGCUGCUACUGGUACUGCCCCAGGUGAAGCAACUGACUCCAUCGAAUCAAAAGGAGGAACAAAGUAAUCAAGAUAAAACAGGUCUGUUAAAUGAAUCAGAUAAACCAAUUGAUACAAACCAAGCAGCCCAAUCCGACAAAAUGGAUAUUGAUACACCGGCUGAGGGGACUAAUACAUCGCAGUUAAACACCGACCUUGAACCUGCCUUUAAAGCAGCACCUAAUUCAUCACUAGACAAAACUGACGCCGAUGAAACAAACGCAAAUGAGGAUCGCGGUGAAGAUGACCCACUUGAGAAAAUCAAACAAGUUCAACUACUUCCAGAAAUAUACAGUCUUUUAUUUGACGUGUCAAAUGGUAAAAUACAACCACGUGAUUUUGAUAAACAUAUAGGGACACUACGGUCGAAGUUAAAUAACUUGAGACUGUACAUUCUGGAAGUUGAAGGCAUUGAUGUUGCUCCAGAGACUAUGAUGCGUGAAAUAAACUGGCUAAAAGAGAAUAAUCUAAAGAAACAAAACUUAUUGAGUCUGUUUAGAGAUAAAGUAAGGAAUGAUUUUGUAUGA